UAUCUUGUUUAUUUUAUCAUCUGUAGCUUUUGUUAUUUGAAGAAUAAUUUGUUGUACCAAAAGGAUUACAAACAAAAAUAAGAAAUUGGGUAAUUUACUGUGGGAAAUAUAUAUAUCUGUAAUGGAUAUAGUUUUCUCUGUGGACAGGUAGACAUAAUGGAUUAAUAGCAAGGAAUUGUUCGAAACCAGUUUAAAAUUUGUGCAGUUUGGAAUUGAAAAGAGAAAUUCUGGUGGCCCUGAUUCCUAUCGACUUUAAUUAGGUGUUAUAGGUGCAAGAAAGAAUAUGGAUUUAUCAUAGCUCGGAGGUUUCCAAGAUGCCUGUAUUAAACAUGGAUCCAUUUUAUCGGUAUCGUCGUGAUGUAGGUGAAUCAACAUCACCGUCUGCUGGCAAUGGUAGUGGAGGGUCUGGUACCGUGGCAACCGAUGUGGCUGGUUCCACAGCCAAACCAUCUGCCAUGGAUAAUUUAAAGAAUAAAAUUAUGGAUGAGAUUAAUUCCUUACCAAUAUGGGCAUUGAUUUUGAUUGGAGCUGGUGUGUUAUUAGUGCUUGGUUGUUGUUGUUAUUGUAUAUGUAAACGAUGUAUCUGUCGGAAAAAGAAAAAGAAGGAAGGGAAAAAAGGACUGAAAGGGGCCGUUGAUUUACGUAAUGUUGCUUUGCUAGGAAAUUCUUACAAGGAAAAGGUACAACCUGACGUAGCUGAUCUUACACAAAACAUGGAGGAUAACGAGGAUGCAGAAAGUACAAAAUCUGAGGUCAAACUUGGAAAGUUACAAUUCCAGUUAGAUUAUGAUUUCCAGAAAGGAGAGUUGAGUGUUGGUGUGAUUCAAGCCGCUGAUCUGCCAGGAAUGGAUAUGUCUGGGACAUCGGAUCCUUAUGUUAAAGUCUACCUGCUUCCUGACAAAAAGAAGAAAUUUGAGACGAAAGUCCACAGAAAAACGCUUAAUCCUGUCUUCAAUGAAACGUUUAUAUUCAAGAAUGUACCUUAUGCUGAGACAGGGUCAAAGACACUGGUGUUUGCCAUUUAUGAUUUCGACAGAUUUUCAAAACACGAUCAAAUAGGACAAGUACAAGUCCCUCUGAACUCUGUUGACCUUUGUCAAGUUAUAGAGGAAUGGAGAGAUGUAGCUAGUCCAGAUAAUGAUUCUGAAAAGGAAAAUAAAUUGGGUGACAUUUGUUUUUCCCUUAGAUAUGUACCCACUGCAGGGAAACUAACUGUAGUUAUACUUGAAGCCAAAAACCUUAAAAAGAUGGAUGUUGGUGGUUUAUCAGAUCCGUACGUGAAAAUUGCUUUGUAUCAGGGAAACAAGCGUCUAAAGAAAAAGAAAACUACCAUAAAGAAAUGUACUUUGAAUCCCUACUUCAAUGAAUCAUUCACUUUCGAGGUUCCAUUUGAACAGAUACAGAAAGUAUCCUUGAUAGUUACUGUCGUAGAUUAUGACAGAAUAGGAACAUCUGAGCCAAUUGGACGUGUUAACCUAGGUUGCAACUCAAGUGGAACAGAGUUGCGUCACUGGAGUGACAUGCUUGCCAACCCAAGGCGACCUAUUGCCCAGUGGCACACACUACAGGAAGUACCAGAGAAAAAUUAAGGGGAGAUAACUUUAGUAGGAUCUGUAGAACUUCUUGUGCAAUCAACAGAAAAUCCAUGUAUUUAUUGUUAUUCAUAUAAAUUCAUAAAACUCACUGUAAAUUUUACGUGUUUUUUCACACAUUGUAGUAAGGUUCAAAGUUCAUAGGCAGAUCUGAUAUAGGUCACUUUUGUGAAGUAGUGUUCAUUUUUGGUGUAAAGAAGUUCACAUUGAAAUGUUGAUUUGUAAAAAAUGUUACAUGAUUAUAAAGUAUUAAAAAAGUCAUUGUUGAAAACUUGUCUAUAGAGUUUUUUGAGAAACGUAUACCAAAAUUUCUCCUAAUUUGAUUUCCUUUGUGAAGUAGUAGAUUUUUUUUAAUAUGAAAUAUUGUAAAAAUCAUAUUUAAAAUACUGUCACAAAUAUAUUUCAAAAUUAUUUGAAUAUGAUGUUAUUAUGUAUUUAACGAACUUGUUAACUUGUUUUAUUUGUGUUGUUGAAAUAAUAGAUACAAAAAAGAAUUGAAAAAAGAAAUACAAUUAAAUAUUUUUUCUAUUUCAAAUUUUGUUUCCCCAAUGUUUUUCAUAAUAAGGCUAAACUUGAAUAUCAGAUAAUCUUCACAUCAGAGCAUAAUGAUGAAGGAUUUUAAUGUAAUACAAAAUUGUUAUUUUAUUGUUUAUUUAAAAUACUUAAUGUUACUGAUAGAAUGUGAGUAAAACACAAAAUAGACCUGGUUAUUUUAAAUCAAACUGGUUUCCCAGGGACCAGAUGAAAAGAUUGACAAAAAGUCUAAUCUGAUUAGCCAGUUAAGAAAAGUAAGGUCACUAUUCUAAUUUGAGAAAAUAUAUAUAUAUAUAUACUGGUUAAAAUAAACCAAGUGCAACACAUUAGGAUGUUAGCUGGACUAGCAUUUAUUAGCUUCAUUCAUUAAUAUUUUUAUUGAAAUAUUUGUACUGUAUUUGCUAUAUUAAUUUUCCUCUUUGCAAAAAACUUUGAAUCACUAUUCCUUCAAUCAGAUUAGACAUAUAUAUCACCAUCUCUGAUAGGCUGAACAAUGGAAUACAUAACAUAGAAAGUGUAUCACCAAUUCUGAUUGGUUGAUCAAAAUGAAUACAUAAUUUGGCAAAAUAUAUUACCAUUUCUGAUUGGCUAAGCACAGCCAAUAGAUGAAGUGGAAAAUUUAUAAGAUUAUGAACACUAAGAUUACUGAUAUGUUUAUAGGUAUGAUUGACUACAUCAGCACAACAAAAUAAUUUAGCAAAUAUGGUAUCUUUAUGAUAAAUAAAAACUUUGUAAGAAAAAGAUCAGCUGAUAUUGAUGAACACUGAAUGUUCUUUCUCUUAGUUUUGGAUAAUAAUCAGCAACAAAUUAAAUUUAUCUGUAAAUAGAUAUUGGCUUGUUAGUUGGAGUAAGAAGUUUGAGUACUAUAGCGGUGAUUUUGUUCUGUGAUAGAGUUAAGUUUUCUUUGCUGUCAUUCAUUUUCUGUACAUUUAAGACAAAAGGGAAAAAGAUUUAUACAUAGGAUUUUUCAAAGUGAUCAAGGAAUUGAUUCUGUGAAGCUUGCACAUUCAAUUAUUUAUAAAAUCACUCAAAUGUGACCCUCAUAUUUUUAUUUGAGGAGUGAUUCCAUUCGCUGUUUCCUGAAAACUUUAAAUCUGUUUGAAUAUAAAUACAUUAGUUCCAGGAUGAGGUUAUAAAUGCUGUUAAGUUUUUAAGUCAAGAUUUUACCAUUCACCAAAUUCAUAUCUCCCUGAGCCCAGACGAGGUAUGAUACUAAAUGAUUAUUUUUUGUUUUUUCUUGAAGCUGGUAAGGAUACUAAAGAUUUGAUAAAAGUAUAUGGAAAUAAUGUUGAAUUAUUUUAAAUUUCACUUGUAAAUACAAAUUAUUCUCUAAAAUAUAAUGAAAGUUUGUUGUAACAUUAUGUAAAAAGAAGAUGAUUUUGUGUUGUGAACAGUAGUAUACAAAUGUAAAAUCUUUUUAUUUGUAGCGUCUUACCCAAAAAAAAUUUCCUUAGGCCAUUUAUAAUUUUUUUGUUCCUUUUGCUAUUUAUAGCUUGAAUGAAGUCAUUGUCAUGACCCAUCUGGGGCCUCAAGUUAAUGUUAUAAUAUAUGGAGUUCAUGAGGUUCUAGUUCACACUGACAACCAUUUUUAAAAUUUGUCUGAAAUGACAGGUAAAAAAAGUUUUGUUUUUUUCAUAUACAUAGUUGAAUAGCUAAAUUGUUCAUGAAGAUAAGCAGCAUUGAUUUUUCCAAUGUAUUGAUAUUCAAUCUAAUCCAGCUGGAAUUUCUUUGCAUUUAAGGGCAUCACAAUCAACGUUUACUGUGUAGAUUGCAGAUACAAGAAAUAGUUAUUGUAACAAAUUAUUUACAAAUGGCCACACAUGGAUAAAUUUGAGUUAUUCUCAGGGUUGGGGAAGGGAGACAACUCUUUCAUAGUAUACUGAGUUGAGAAUUAUGGGAAUUAUUGUCUUAAUUCCAUGGUUGUAUGGGACCAGUGUUUUGUUUAUUUAUAGAAAUUGUUUGUUUAUUUACAUAAGAACUAUGGAAACAGUAUUUUGAUGAUAUUUUUUUUUCACAGAAAAGGGUUUGUCCAUCAAGUUCUGUCAGUCUGUAUGUUUAUAUUUUUUUUCUUCAAUAUUUUGUUUGAUAGAAAAAAGAAUGCAAAUGUUCUUACAUCUAAUUUCAAAAUUUAAGCAGAAUUUUCAAAUGUUCAAAAUCUAUUUUUAACAUAUAUACCAAAUUUUUAUUAAAUUUUAACAUGUUUAUGGACGAAUGGAUGGACAAAUUUAACAUCUGGUAAUGUCAAGGUUAGAUAAAGGUUUCACUGUCUCUGACCUUGACAGUAGAUUGAUGUACAUUGUCAAGGUUAAACUAUAAAGGUCACACAUAGUUAUCAUUCCACUAUAUUACUGUAGAAACUUUUUCUCUUUUGGUGAAUAAAUCUGUCUUGUCUUUUA